AUGGAGCAACUGACACCUCUCCCACAGCUGGGGGACCCCAGAGCCAUGGAGCCGUGGGCCCUGCCCGCCUGGCAGAACUGGACUCCAGGCCAGGGGAGCGAACCCGGAGGCGCAGCCCCAAGCAUUGCUGAGAUCCCGGCAGCUGGGCAGGUUGGAGAGCUGAGGCCCGGGGAGAGUGCCGUGUCCUGUCCUUUCCCAUGCCAGGGCAAGCUGAGCAUGGGCUUUGGGGACAGGCCCAAUCUGGAGCUGCUGAGGGCCCUGGGGGAGCUGCAGCAGCGCUGUGCCAUCCUUAAGGAGGAAAAUCAGAUGCUGAGGAAGAGCAGCUUCCCUGAGACAGAGGAGAAGGUGCGGAGGCUGAAGCGGAAGAAUGCCGAGCUGGCGGUCAUUGCCAAGCGUCUGGAGGAGAGGGCCCGGAAGCUGCAGGAGACUAACCUGAAGGUGGUGAGUGCCCCUGUGCCCCGUCCUGGGGCCAGCUUGGAGUUGUGCCGGAAGGCCUUGGCCCAUCAGCGAGCCCGGGACCUCAGUGAGACAGCCAGCGCCCUGCUGGCUAAGGACAAGCAGAUUGCUGCCUUGCAGCGGGAGUGCAGGGAGCUGCAGGCCAGGCUCACCCUGGUUGGCAAGGAGGGCCCCCAGUGGCUCCACGUGAGGGACUUCGACCGGCUGCUCCGCGAGUCCCAGCGGGAGGUGCUGCGGCUGCAGAGGCAGAUCGCCCUGCGCAACCAGCAGGAGCCACCCCCGCCGCCCCGGCCCCCGGGCCCCGCUGCCCCGGCCAGAGCAGGGGCGCCCGCCCCCGGGGCCCCGGGAGAGGCCAGGCCCCAAGAGGAUGUGGAAACCCCACCCACGGGCCUAGGGGAGCCAGAGAAACAGCAGAGGGUGCAGCAGCUGGAGUCAGAGCUCAGCAAGAAGCGAAAGAAAUGCGAGAGCCUGGAGCAGGAAGCCCGGAAAAAGCAGAGGCGAUGUGAGGAGCUGGAACUGCAGCUGAGAGAAGCCCAGAAUGAGAAUGCCCGCCUCGUGGAGGAGAAUUCUCGGCUCAGUGGGAGAGCCACGGAAAAAGAGCAGGUGGAGUGGGAGAAUGCAGAGCUGAGGGGCCAGCUCCUGGGGGUGACACAGGAGAGGGACUCGGCCCUUCGCAAGAGCCAGGGCCUGCAGAGCAAGCUGGAGAGCCUGGAGCAGGUGCUGAAGCACAUGCGGGAGGUGGCCCAGCGGAGGCAGCAGCUCGAGGUGGAGCAUGAGCAGGCUCGGAUCAGCCUGCAGGAGAAGCAGGAGGAGGUCCGGAGGCUGCAGCAGGCCCAGGCAGAAGCCAAGAGGGAACAUGAAGGGGCUGUGCAGCUGCUGGAGUCGACCCUGGAUUCCAUGCAGGUCCGGGUUCGAGAGCUGGAAGAGCAGUGCCGCAGCCAAACAGAGCGCUUCAGCCUCCUGGCACAGGAGCUCCAGGCCUUCCGCCUGCACCCUGGCCCCUUGGAUCUACUCACCUCUGCCUUGGGCUACAGUACCCUUGGGGACCACCCACCACCCCCCUGCUGCUGCUCUACCCCCCACCCCUGCCGUGGGUCUGGCCCCAAAGACCUUGACCUCCCUCCGGGCUCUCCUGGGCGCUGCACCCCAAAGUCUUCUGAGCCUGUCCCUGCAACCGUUGUCGGGGUCCCUCGAAGGACGGCCAAGAAGGCAGAGUCCCUCUCCAACUCCUCUCGCUCUGAAUCCGUCCACAACAGCCCCAAGUCAUGCCCCACACCCGAGGUGGACACAGCCAGUGAGGUGGAGGAGCUGGAGGCAGACAGUGUCUCCCUGCUCCCAGCAGCACCGGAGGGCAGCCGCGGAGGAGCCAGGAUCCAGGUGUUCCUAGCACGCUAUAGCUACAACCCCUUCGAGGGCCCCAAUGAGAACCCAGAGGCAGAGCUUCCGCUUACUGCUGGCGAGUACAUCUACAUCUAUGGCAACAUGGACGAGGAUGGCUUUUUUGAAGGGGAGCUCAUGGAUGGCCGAAGGGGCCUGGUCCCUUCCAAUUUUGUAGAGCGUGUGUCCGACGAUGACCUCCUGACCUCCCUCCCUCCGGAGCUGGCCGAUUUGUCCCACAGCUCAGGCCCCGAACUCAGUUUCCUGAGUGCAGGCGGGGGUGGCAGCAGUAGCGGGGGCCAGAGCAGCGGGGGACGCAGCCAGCCCAGACCUGAGGACGAGGCUGCGGGGGAUGAGCUCAGUCUGAGCCCCCAGCCUGAGGGCCUGGGCGGGCCCCCUGCUGUGCCUUAUCCACGGGGUCUGGUGGUCCUCAGGCAGCUGGCCCACAGUGUGGUGCUGGCCUGGGAGCCGCCUCCUGAGCGAGUGGAGUUACGCGGCUACCAUAUCUGCGUGAACGGGGAGCUGCGUCAGGCCCUGGGGCCGGGGGUGCCCCCCAAGGCUGUGCUCGAGAACCUGGACCUGCGGGCCGGGCCCCUCCGUGUUUCUGUGCAGGCCCUGACCAGCCAGGGCAGCUCCGACCCUCUUCGCUGUUGCUUGGUGGUGGGUACCCGGGCCGGGGUGGUACCUAGCCAGCUGCGGGUCCAUCGACUGACAGCCACGUCUGCUGAGAUCACCUGGGUGCCCGGCAAUAGCAACUUGGCCCAUGCCGUCUACCUCAAUGGGGAAGAGUGCCCCCCUGCCCGCCCCAGCACCUACUGGGCCACCUUCUGUCACCUGCGGCCUGGCACUCUCUAUCAGGCCCGAGUGGAGGCUCAGCUCCCACCUCGAGAGUCCUGGGAACCAGGCUGGGAAAAGCCGGAGCAGCGGGCUGCCACCCUGCAGUUCACCACACUCCCAGCAGGCCCACCUGAUGCCCCCCUGGAUGUGCAGAUUGAGCCGGGACCCUCCCCUGGAAUCUUGAUCAUCAGCUGGCUCCCAGUAACAAUUGAUGCUGCUGGCACUUCCAAUGGCGUCCGGGUCACGGGCUAUGCCAUCUAUGCUGAUGGGCAAAAGAUCAUGGAGGUGGCGUCACCCACAGCAGGCAGCGUGCUGGUGGAGCUGUCCCAGCUGCAGCUGAUGCAAGUGUGCCAUGAGGUGGCUGUGCGCACCAUGUCACCCCACGGCGAGUCAGCUGACUCCAUUCCAGCUCCUGUCCCCCCAGCCCUAGUGGCGGCCUGCCUACCAGCCACGGUCUCUUGCCCCUCACCGCGGCCAGGCUCGGAAGCCAGACCACCCCUUGCUCCAGCCUCCCCGGGGCCUGGAGACCCCAGCUCUCCCCUCCGGCGCCCUGACCCCCACGGAACUCGAGAGCCCCCCGGGGCCCCCCCAGCAAGCCCUCCCAGAGAGGCAGCAAAAGGAUCCCCCGAGGAGCCCCCAGCACCUUGCUCCCAGGAGGAGGCUGGGGCAGCUGUGCUGGGCACCUCAGAGGACGGGAGGGCCAGCGAGCCAGCUGUGGGAGAGAGAGCUCCUGACCCUGCAGCUUCACCACUGGCCCAGGAAGAGGCCCUUCUGGCACCCUGCUCCACCCAAGGAGCUCUCGCCCAGCGGGUGCCCUGUGCUGAGGCCUGCCGAGGAGGAGAGGCAGGGUCUGGGCUGAGGCCCAGGGCUGAGAGGGAGGACACGGCAGAGCUCGGGGUCCGUCUGGUGAACUCCCUUGUGGACCAUGGCCGCAAUUCAGAUCUCUCAGACAUCCAAGAGGAGGAGGAGGACGAGGAGGAGGAGGAAGAGGACCUGAGUUCCAGGACUUGCUCUUUCCAGAAGCAGGUUGUUGGCAACAGCAUCGGGGAGAAUGGGGCCAAGCCCCAGCCUGACCCCUUCUGUGAGACCGACAGCGACGAGGAGAUCUUGGAGCAGAUCCUGGAGCUGCCCCUCCAGCAGUUCUGCAGCAAGAAGCUUUUUAGCAUCCCUGAAGAGGAAGAAGAGGAGGACGAGGAAGAUGAGGGGGAGGAUGAGGAAGACGAGGAGAGGCCAGGGGCAGGCUGUUCUUCUCGAGACCCCGGCCCACCCGAGUCUGCAUUGCUGGGGCUGGGCUGUGACAGUGGUCAGCCUCGAGGACCUGGCCUGUGUCCCUUGUCUCCAGAGCCCUGCAGGGGUGGGGACCGCCUGGAAGACAUACCCGGACUAGUUGGUGGAAGCAUCCGGAGGAAAGGAAGUGGCUCCCCUGAGAAGCCCCCAAACCGCAGGCGGUCCCCAGAUCCCCGUGAACACUGCAGCCGACUUCUCAGCAACGGCGGGCCCCAGGCCUCCGGACGACCGGGCCCCACACGGGAGAGGGGCAGCCCCGCUGUGGGCGAGGGGACCAAGGGUGGGCCAGAGGCUGGUGGGAGAGGGCGGCCGGCCCCUUCCCGGAGAUGCUCCCGUGGCCGGGCUCCAGAAUCUAGCCUGGCCGGCUGCUUCUCCCCCAAGUGCUUGGAAAUCAGCAUCGAAUAUGAUUCUGAGGACGAGCAGGAGGCGGGCAGCGGUGGCAUCAGCAUCACCAGCUCCUGCUACCCUGGAGAUGGGGAGGCCUGGGGCACGGCCCCCAUAGGAAGGUCCAGGGGGCCUCUGAAGGCCAAUUCGGGCCCCACCCCCUACCCACGCCUUUCGGCCUGGGAGAAGGGGGAGCCAGAGCGGAGAGGCCGCGGUGCGACUGGCAGAGCCAAGGAGCCACCCUCCCGGGCAACAGAGACUGGGGAGCCCAGAGGGCAGGACAGCUCUGGGCGGAGGGGCCCCCUGCGGAGAGGGGCCCAGGCCCCCAGGACGGGCGGUACCGAGUUGGCCUCUCUGAGGAGCCCCCCGGCAGAAGCGCCGGUUUACCAGGACCUACCUGUCAGGGCCUUUGUGGCUCUGUUUGACUAUGACCCGGUGUCAAUGUCACCCAACCCUGACGCUGGGGAAGAGGAGCUCCCCUUCCGGGAGGGCCAGAUCCUGAAGGUGUUUGGGGACAAGGAUGCCGAUGGCUUCUACCGCGGUGAAGGUGGGGGUCGGACAGGCUACAUCCCCUGCAACAUGGUGGCUGAGGUGGCUGUGGACAGUCCCACAGAGAGACAGCAGCUGCUCCAGCGGGGUUAUUUGUCCCCAGAUAUUCUCACUGAAGGCUCAGCCCGCACAGCUGGGCCUCCCCCCAAGCCCCGCCGCUCCAAGAAAGCUGAGGCAGAAGGCUCUGCCCAACCCUGUGCAGGCCGCCCCCAGCAGGUCUCCUCUGCCAGCUUGAAAUCCUCCCGUUCCAUGGUGGCUGCAUUUGACUACAACCCUCGGGAGAACUCCCCCAACAUGGAUGUGGAGGCAGAGCUGCCCUUCCGGGCAGGCGACAUCAUUACUGUGUUCGGUGACAUGGACGAUGAUGGUUUCUACUAUGGGGAGCUCAAUGGACAGAGGGGCUUGGUUCCAUCCAACUUCCUGGAGGGCCCUGGACCUGAGGCGGGCAGCUCAGACAGGGAGCCCGGGACAUCCCAGGCCGAGAGUCAGAGAAUGAGGAGGAGACGAGUCCAGUGCUAG